AUGGCAACCAGAUUCACCAGAACAUACCAUGACGUCUACUAUUCCAGUAAUCUACCCGUUGAAACAUCGACCAGGACAGUUACAUAUACAGCGGAUACGGGGUACACAUUUGUAUCAGGCGAAAUGACUGGAGUUCUAGGUGGUCCAACUGAGUUAGCCAUCACAUCAACAGGGAAAAGCACCAUCUUCGUAACAAAGACCACUAUAGCACCUUACACAACUCUAGCAGUGCCAACUGCCAUCUCGACCACGGACACGACAGCCGUUGCCUUUAGUUCAAUUACUAGUUAUAAUCCUAUUCAGACUACAGCAACAGAUUCGUACACAAAGAGUCAUUUGGGUUCAGCGAUUAGUCAAUGGAGUAGCUGGGCUAGUUUGGGCAGUGGUUAUACCACCCUCAUUUCAUCCACCACCUCUACAAGCACAUAUCCCACCACUGGUAUAACUGCCAUUGCUUUGAGCCAGAUAAAUAGUUGGGACUCUAUUGCAUCUACAGCCACAGAUCCAAUAUUGAAGGGUUCAUUACAAUCCGCCAUUAGUCAAGCAAGUUCCAUGGCUAGCUUGACUUCCGGUGCUUACACAGCUGUUAUUACAAUCUCUCUCUCUGAACAAUCCGCUAUCGACAAGUCGAAAAAGUAUGGCGCUCGUAUCCGAGUUACGUACACUGUGGUUUUAAGUGUCAUCAGUAUUUUGUUACUGAUAGCUUCCGUCUGUAUGCUUGGCUACUACUUUGUACGAAAACACCGUCGGCGAGGAGGAAAGAAUAUGCCUCCAUCUACUGAACAUGUCUGCCCCAAUCUAGAUUCUCUGAACGGCCUGAUGGUUGAGAUGGGUCGGAAAAAUGCCACCCGGGAGCAAGAGGGUAGUAGGACUGAAGGACUUCAAGGGCUCCCAAGCGUAUCAAGGAUUCACAGUACUUUACUCGAAUUGGAGCCUCCGGAAGGAAUUGCAGAACUACCUGGCUCUGAUCCUAUUGUUGAGUCCCCAAAUGAACGUGCGGAGUUAUGUGGUGAAGGGGCUGUAUAUGCGGAGAAUAUUCAUUAUGAAGUCUGA